CCCGAAAAUGUACCUUGUGCUCCGAUAUUUCUUACGUCCAUGUGAAACACCGUGUUAGCAGUUUAGGUGUGUAGAGUGAUAUUCGAUAGUCAUUAAAAUCGUUAGUCAUUCCGAACAACUCACCAAAGACUUGCAAAGAAUUUCAUAAAUUGUAAGGAGCUAAGAGGAGUAAAGAUAUAUUUUUUUCAAAAGAGAAGAACUUUAAAAAGCUAUUUGUCUGAAAAGGAGAGACACACAAGAAUAAAGGACGUAUCUAUAAUAUAGAAUAGAAGUCUCAGUUUCAUCGUUAAAUUAAGGUAAAUAUAGAUACAUAUUCUCACCGAUGAAACGUGAUCCAUGGUUAUUUUGAGCGAACAUAAAUUAUAAUUGUCAAUUUUUACACACUGAAAUGGAUUCUACAAGGAAGAACUCUGUUAACAAUGCUGUAAAUGGAUAUAAAAAGGAAGAUGCCAAGGAGAUUCAGAUACCAAUGCCAUGGGGUCAGAUCAGUGGCAAAUGGUGGGGCCCAAAAGAGCUCCAACCGAUAGUGGCACUGCAUGGUCGUCAGGAUAAUGCAGGCACUUUUGACACAUUAAUGCCAUUGAUGCCUGAUGAUAUUUCUGUUCUUUGCUUGGAUAUGCCAGGGCAUGGUUUAUCUUCGCAUUAUCCAAAGAGUCAAUUUUAUUAUGUCUAUUAUGAUGGUGUCAUAUUCCUUCGUAAAGUCAUUAAAUAUUUCAAAUGGAAUAAGGUAAAACUGCUUGGUCACUCGUUGGGUGGUGCUAUAUCAUUUUUGUAUGCAGCAUCAUAUCCAGAUGAAGUCGAUAUUCUCAUAAGUUUGGAUAUUGCUAGCCCAAGUGUAAAGGACAUUACAAAAACAGCUGCAAUGACCGGAAACUAUAUUGACCAAUUUUUAAAAUAUGAAUCAUUAACAUUGGACAAUGUACCGUGUUAUGAGUACAACAAAAUGAUUGACAUAGUGGAAAAGGCAUAUGAGGGUUCUAUAACGAAGGAAGGAGCAGAAAUAUUAAUGAAACGUGGCAUGCAACCAGCAUACACAAAGGGCAAAUAUUACUUUUCCCGUGACCCAAGACUAAAGGUUGCCAUUUUAGGCAUGUUCUCUCUAGAUUUAGUACUUGAAUAUGCAUCCUGUAUAAAAUGUGCUUAUCUCAACAUUCGUGCUGUUCCUGGGAUGAAGUUUGAGCAACCCGAAAACUAUCAGAAAGUAUUAGAUAAUAUAAAAUUGGUGGCUAGAAAGUUUGAGUAUCACGAAGUAAAUGGUACCCAUCACGUGCAUUUGAGUGAACCUGAAAAGAUUGCGCCUAUAAUCAUAAAUUUUCUACAGAAUUAAUAAUAAUAUUAUUUAUUUAUUAAUGGAUAUGGUUACUUAAGAAAUAAAUAGUUUUACUAUAGAUAGUUAUUGUCAAACUCUUUCAAAUCUAAAAUGCUAAUACAAAUGCUAAUAAAAGUUUACAUUUCUGUUUAAUGCACCUACAUAUACAUGAAUUGUUGAAUUAGAAAUGAUUGUACAAUGUCUAUUGAACAAUAUUGGUAUGUAGCGAAUUUAUAAAUUAAUUGAAUAAAUAAACUCAUUAUGUUGCUCUGCUAUGUGAAAACAAAGUGCUUUGGAAGAACAAUUAGAACAAUAAUGAUGUGAUAAGAAAUAGAUAUUUGCAUUGUAGAUGUGGAAUAAAAAACAUCGAAAUAUGUUUAUUAUAUGUCUCAAAUUUCUUUAAGGCAGGAAUCUUUGUCCAUGUUAAUUAGUGUCGCUUCUAAUUGUGAUAAAUAAAUAAUUAUGUGAAUA